AUGGGGAGGCCCAGGCACCUGCAGAGGCAUCCGGUGUUCGGGAAACGAUCCCCAGGAAUUGGGCUCCUUGGCAAGCCAUCCCCAGAGCCCGAGAGUGUCCACUUGGAUAACACCGGGAAGUCGACCUCUGCCUGGAGCAAAGAGGCUGGGGGAGGGAGGCUGCGGGGACUGCAGAGGCGGGGCCAGGCGCGAGUGGUCGCGCGGCUCGCCAAAUCCGAAAAGCAAAAAUCGCCAUUGGGAGGAGAGAAGGAACAGCACACGUGGGGGAUCACGGCCACGCGACCGGAACCCCAACCUCCAGCCUCAGGCACGGACGGGGUUCGAACCCGCGAUCUUCGGUUUACGAGACCGACGCCUUACCACUUGGCCACCGCGCCUGACAGCCGAGCGAGUGGUAGAAGCUCUCAGUGGAGGGGAGGUGGCCGUUGGCGCGUGGAGGGGGCGACGCCCCGCCCCCGGCCCCGCGCGUCUCCCCAGAGCCCCGCCGGGACCCCGAGUUCUGAGGACUGGUCCCACCCAGCUCAGGAUCGAAACAUCGCGCCCGCCCCGGGCCUACGGCGAGACCCGAAACAGCGGCCGCGCAAGCUCCGGGUCCCGCGCGCUCCCGCCUCAAGCGCCCCCCAGGGGCCCGGCGGCCGCGCAGCCACCAGGGCCGGGCGUCCGGGGAGGCGGGGGAUUCGAAAGGCGCGGCGACAAGAUCCGAGUUUGCUGCGGCGGAGGAGCCGAGAGCCUGAAGAUGGAGAAAGGGCACUGCCAGCGCCUCUGAGGACGCAAGUGGAAGCAGAGACCGCGGCCGCCGAGGGAGCCGGGGCCGGGCGUCGGGGGCCGGCGCCUAGCGGGUCUCUGCGCGCGGGCCGUGCAACCUUGGCAGGGCCACUUCGGUCCGAGCCGGCGGGACACACGGGUAGCGCCGGGAGCCCGGGCCGAGUCGAUGGGGCCCCAGGGGACAAGAGGAAGGCGAUGCAGGGAUGGACGGGGCUGGCGCUCGGAGAAGGAUUCCGGGAGAAGAGAGGGAUGGGGCUCGGGUACCGGGGCAAGAGAAGUGACCUCCUCUCACUGAUCCCUUACGGAGCGGCCAGCUGUCUUUCCCCACCCAGAGAUGGAGUCUGCGGACUGGCCAUAUGACUCACUUUGACCAGUAGGAUGUGGUAGCAGACGGGAUGCUGAGGAAGUGCUAAAGCUUAGACCCAAGAGUCUCACU